UCAGGUAUCAAUAGCUUAUCAAUUAUUUAGUUUACAGUGCUAAGGUAUUCAUAAAAAAAUUUGAGAUUUAACCAGAUUGUUUACAAAACUAAGAUAAAGUUUCAAUUGCUUAAUGCAUUUGUGUCAUUAUAAAGAACUACUCCCACCAAAUUAUUUGAUCACAGUUUCAUUAUUUAUUGAUUAUAAGUAAAUUAGGAUUUUUCAGAUUUCAAAAUGUGCUAGUAAUCUGGAAUAGAAAGAUUUAAUAUCCACAAACGAAAGCCACAUACCAAGAAAGAAAAUUUGAAUUUAAAAUUUUAGUGAUGUGAUUAGUAAUUGAAUAAUUAUUGAAAUGAAUCACUGUGUUAAUGUAACACUAAACAGUUCGUUAAAUAAAUUUAGGACAAGCACAUUGAAAGUGAUAAAUAUUAAUGAAUUAAUAAGAAAGAACAUUUAUCAAGUUGUAUUCUUUCUUUCAUUGUUAUCUUUUGCGACAGUGCUGGCGAAAGAUAUUGAGAUACAUGAAGCAGUGAGAGAAAGCAGAAUGGAAUUCGUUCAACUAGAAAUAUCAAAUGCCACUUCAAAUGUUCAAGAGACACCGGACUAUGAAGUUGCUAAAAACAAAACAACAGACAUGUCUAUGAAGCAUCACGAAAUAAAAUACAUUAACAAAACAAAUGAUAAAAGUGAUGCAGAUAAGAGACGAAAGGGAAAUAAGUUUUAUUUGAAGGACUACGGAAGUGAUUAUAUAAAAACUAGAUAUAUAAUGCACAAAUUGUUUAAUGAAACUGGGCAAAGGCUUUCAGCGAAACAACGCGCAAACCUUGUAAGUGAAAGAUGCCACACAUUUCUGAAGGAAAACAAUUUACGACUCAAAACCAAUACAGAAUUGAGCUAUAACACAGAAUUUGGGAGAAGUCGUAGUUAUAACUUAACUCUUUGCUACAAUUUCAAAGUGGCUUCGACGAAUACAAACCGCGUGCUUUACGUUCUUGACCACAACUAUACUGGUGAUAUCAAUAAUCUCACAGCACAUAUGGUAGAUAGAUACAGUAAGAAAUGCAUGACUAAUUUCCAGCAAAUUAUGUGUGAGAAACAUCGUAUCAGUGUAAUGAUGGUCAGAGAACCACUAGAAAGGCUACUAUCUGCUUAUAGAGAUAGACGACCUUUGAUGUUCUUUAAAGACCGCUCAAUUUCAUUUAAGAAAUAUUUACAACUUACAUUAGACGAACAAAUGAUAAACAUGAACAGACAUAUUUAUCCGUAUUUUGAAAAAUGUCGGCCGUGUGAAAUGGAGUAUGACUUUAUUGGUCUCGCAAACCAUUUUAACGAUGACAUUAGAGAGGUAUUGCAACAUAUCGGUGCUAGUGGAAAAGUGGAUAUACCAAAAAGAAAUGAAACAGGUUACACUCUUGAAUCAAGUGAUAAGCUGUUAAAACUGUAUUUCAACGAAGUUCCAAAUGGCAUAAUACAUAAAUUGUGGGAAAAAUAUUACAAAGACUAUUAUAUAUUUGGCUUCCCUUAUCCAUCUCACAUGAUGAACUGAUAAAGGUAAAAAGUGUGUUUAAUGUUGUUGUUUUUUUUCUUUCAAGUUCCAAACUUUGCAGAAAUAUUUCGUAACAGAAGUUGAGAUGUUAUUUGGCCUAUGUCUAGACUUCUUUAUAAUAGAUUUAAGGUGAUAUUCUCAUGUACUUUAGCCAUUUCGAGAGAAAAUCUAAAAUAUAACUAAAUCAGAACUUAAUAGAUAAUUUGAUGCUUUUACAUUUUUAAAAUUAACAUAUACGUAUUAGCACAAAUUUAUGUUAGCACUUUUAAUAUCUUAAAAGUUGACAAGUUCAUAUAAGCAUUUAUAUGACUGACAAAUUCUUAAAUGUACAGUAUCACUAAGAAGUAAAUUUAGGGAACAAAAUAAUAUUUAUUGUGCAUCAAACUUAUUUACCAGUUAACAAUUGAAAAACAUAUAAUUUAACCAAUGUAUUCAAGAGAAAGCAUUAUUUCAUCGUUUUACGAUGUAAAUUAAUCACUUUUUAAAGUUUUAUUCUGCCAAUUUCAACAUUCGUAGUAUACACAUUAAUGUAUAAGAACAUACAUUAUGGCUAUAUAUGACAUAUGUGUGUUCAAAUGGACAAGUAGAUGUCAAGGAUUUGUGUCU